AUGGAUAAACCAAAAGGAAAAGUUCGUGUUACUGGAGCUUCAGGAUUCUUAGCUUCUUGGCUUGUGAAGAGGCUUCUCCUUGAAGGAUAUGAAGUUAUCGGCACAGUCAGAGAUCCAGGAAAUGAGAAGAAGCUUGCACACCUUUGGAAACUGGAAGGGGCAAAGGAGAGACUAAGGUUGGUGAAGGCAGAAUUAAUGGAAGAUGGAAGGUUUUGA